UUCCCGCGGCUUUUCGUGGUGCCUCCAACGCUCCAGCCACAUCGGCAUGGUACCAAGCACUAGUGUUUCGGAAGAAGCGACCAAUGGGCAAAUAGAGGAGGAGGAGGAGGAGGAAGAUGAAGAAGGAGGCAUUCGCAUCGGAGACAUUUACGUGCCCCCUCCACCUCCCGCCUCGUGCACAUUCGAUCCAACGGGACCACGUCUGAUGAUCUCCAGGAUCGAAAACCUCAACUUCAAAUCCUACGCCGGAAAGAGGGUCAUCGGGCCGUUUCACAAGAACUUUACAGCCAUAGUGGGGCCCAAUGGCAGCGGCAAGUCGAACGUCAUCGACUCCUUGCUCUUUGUGUUCGGCUACCGGGCCCAGAAGAUCCGCUCCAAGAAGGUUGGCGUGCUCAUCCAUAACAGCACCAACAACACCGACCUGGACAGCUGCAGCGUUCACGUCUACUUCCAGAAAAUCAUUGAUACGGAUGAGAACAACUAUGAGGUGGUACCCAAUUCUGAGUUUGUUGUUGGGAGAACCGCCCACCGAGACAACUCGUCCUACUACACCGUCAACGGCCGACGCUGCACCUUCAAGGAGGCCAACAGGGUGCUCCGCUCUUUCGGCAUCGACUUGGACCACAACCGCUUCCUCAUUCUUCAGGGUGAGGUGGAGCAGAUUGCCUUGAUGAAGCCUAAGGCUCAGACGGAGCACGACCAGGGCAUGCUGGAGUUCCUGGAGGACAUUGUGGGCAGCUCCCGCUACAAGGAGCCUAUUGAGUUGCUCAGCCAGCGCAUCGAGAAGCUCACCGAAGAGCGGGCCGACAAGUUAAACAGGGUGAAACUUGUGGAGAAGGACAUGGAAGAACUUCAGGGCGACCGUGAUGAAGCCAUUGAGUUCCUCAAGAUUGAGAAUGAAAUGACCCUCAUUCAGAAUCGGCUCGUCCAGCUGUACAGGCAAAAGGAGAAGGAAGCCGAAGAAGCGGCACAGAAGAAUGUGGAGGAGGCCCGGCAGCUGCUUGGGGAAGUGGAGAAGGAGCUUAAAGGACGCGAGGAGGGCAAGCAGGAACAGGUGGCCAAGGUCAAGAAGCUCGUCAAGGAGUGCGACAAGAAGGAGAAGGAGCUGGAGGGCAAGAAGCAGGAAUACCUGGAACUGGAGCGCAAGGACCUCCAGUGCAGGGAGACCAUCAAGUACACCAAGGCCAACGGGAAGAAGCUGGAGAAGGCACUGGUGGCCGAGAGGCAGAAGAUGGAGGAGCUUGAAAGUCAGCCUACCAAAUUCGAGGAGGAGAUUGAGGCACUCAAGGCGAAGAAAGACAAGCUCGAGGCAGAGAAAGUGGCGGCCGAAGAGAAACUUGCACAGGUGAUGGCAUCUCUGAAGACUGAGACCAUGGAGCUCCAAGAAGAGAAAGCGGUGCACGAGCAAGAGUUGCUGGGCCUCCAGAAGGGGGUCAAUGAUACCAAGUCCAAGUAUGACAUUGCCCAAAAAGAACUGGACUUGUACGUCAGCACUGAAAAGAAGGCAACUGCCAAGCUUCACGAGAUUGAGACCAAUUUGGAGACUGUGACCCGCAGUCUGGAGGAAAAAGCUGGGGCCCUCUCUCGCCUGGAGCGCCUGGUUCCGGAGAAGGAGGGCCAGCUGCGCGACCUGGAGGCAGACCUUCAGCAGGCCAUCACGGAGGAGCGUGAGGCCCAGGAGAAGCUGAAGGCCGAGCGAAGCAGGGUGGAGGAGCUGCGCUCAAACGCCAAUGCCAACCGGUCCCGCUCCCGUGUCCUCGACUCCCUGCUCCAGGCCAAACGGUCCGGAGAGCUGCCCGGCAUCGUUGGCAGGCUGGGGGAUCUUGGAGCCAUUGACGAGAAGUAUGACGUAGCCAUUUCGACAGCCUGCGGUCAGCUGGACUACAUCGUGACAGACACGGUUCUCUCGGCCCAACGCUGCGUGGAGUAUCUCAAGAAGCACGACGUCGGUGUGGCAAACUUCCUUGCUUUAGAAAAGAUGGAUCGAUGGAUUUCAUACACUACAAAAAAGAUAACCACGCCCGAGAACGUGCCUCGGCUGUUUGACCUGGUGUCGGUGAAGGAGCCCAGCAUCCUGCCGGCCUUCUACUUUGCCCUGAGAGACACCCUGGUGGCCAAAGACCUGGAGCAGGCCACCCGCAUCGGGCUGCAGGGCAGGACGCGCCACCGUGUGGUCACCCUCCAGGGGGAGCUCAUCGACGUCUCCGGCACCAUGAGCGGCGGUGGAGGCCGUGUGUCCCGGGGCAAGAUGGGCAAGGCCCUGCUAGACGAGAGCGUCGGCGCAGAUGACCUGGACGCCCUCGUGCAGCAGCUGGGCGCCCUCGAGUCCAAGUGCCGUCAGCUGCAGGAGCGCAAGGGCAUCCUCGAGGACAAGGGGACGGCGCUGCGCAAGGAUGUGGCCUCUUCCAGGCUGGCGCUCCAGAAGUUCCAGGUGGAGGUUAAGGGCCUGAAAAGCCAGCAGAGCUCCCUAAGCACCCAGUUGACUGAACAGCGUCAGAAAGUGCAGCAGGCUGCACCAGACUCCGGACAUUUAGCUAAGCUGGAGAAGUCUGCCGGAGCUUUCAAGAAAGAGUAUGACAAAACCCUAUCAGCUUGGAAAAAAGUUGAGGACAAGGUGCUGCAUCUUCACGAGAAGAUUAUGGAGAUUACGUCCAGUCGUAUGGGGAGCGUUCAGCAGAAGGUGGACGGCAUCAGUAACCAGAUGGAUGCCGCCUCUUUCGCGAUCACAAGGGCCUCUACUAGCAUCAAGACAGCUGAAAGAAACCUAAAGAAAUGUAAAGACAAAAUUGCAUCCUUGGAGGCCGAGAUUGUGGAAACAAAAGAAAGCUCAGAAGCGGCAAAGAAGGAGUACAAAGACCUCGAGACCCAAGGUCAAGAGCUCACGGAGAUUGUCAAUAAACUUACCGAGGAGCUGAAGACCCUGAAGCAGCACGUUGCUGAGAUGACGGCUGAAAUGGACAGUGGCAAUGCUGAGGAGAACGCCCUCAGGUCCAAACAGAUUGAGCUGAAGAACAAGCUGGAGCUGAGUGAAACCGCUCUAAAGGAGUGCCGAGGGAAAGUGGCGCUCUGGAACAAAGAGAUGAAAAAUCUGAAACUCCACGAAAUUGACGAUGAGCCACCGGUGGAGUUGACGGAAUUCUCAUCCGAAGAGCUGGCCACCUUCGACGAGAAGAACCUGUCCCUGCAGAAAAGCUUGCUAGAUGAUAAGCAUUCCAGCCUGAAACCCAACAUGACUGCCAUAUCCGAGUACCGUAGGAAGGAGGAGGUGUUCAAGCAGCGGGCCGCCGAGCUGGAGGAGGUGACGGAGAAGCGUGCGGAUCAGCGCAAGCACCACGAUACCCUACGCAAGGAGCGGCUGAAUGAGUUCAUGCGGGGCUUCUGCAUCAUCACGGCCAAGCUGAAGGAGACAUACCAGAUGCUCACUCUCGGAGGAGACGCAGAGCUCGAGCUGGUGGACUCCCUUGACCCUUUCUCGGAGGGCAUCAUCUUCAGUGUACGUCCUCCCAAGAAAUCGUGGAAAAACAUUUCAAACUUGUCCGGCGGGGAGAAAACGCUGAGCUCUUUGGCUCUCGUGUUUGCACUGCACUACUACAAGCCCACGCCGUUCUAUGUUAUGGACGAAAUCGACGCUGCCCUGGACAUUAAGAAUGUGUCGAUCGUGGGUCACUACGUCAAGGAAAGAACGAGAAACGCGCAAUUCAUCAUCAUAUCACUGAGGAACAACAUGUUUGAGUUGGCCGACAGACUGGUGGGCAUCUUCAAGGUAGACAACUGCACCGACUCUUGCACAAUCAAUCCCCGCAGCCUGGUGUAGAAGACAAGACGCCAAACGGGCUGCAGAAUAGAACAACCUGCAUAAGAAUUGUGAAUCAAUGAGAUUCUUUUUUUUUUUUUUUUAGCUUUGCUUUGUCAUGAGAACAAUAUUCGUAAUACAUCACUUCAGUUUCAUUGCUUUUUUCUAGUUUGUGUUGUGUAUCUUGGCACCAACAGUUUAGUGACAUUCUGAAUGCAAAGGGUCUACAAUCGUUUUUUUCCAUGCUUGUAUGUUUUAUGAUCAUGAAUUUAUUCUGUGUCUGAAUUACUUUUUUUUUUUUUUUUUUGUUCCUUGUACUUAAUUAUGGAAGAUCUGUAAUCAUUUUUUUUUAUAUAUAUAUAGAGAUUGAGAAAAAAAUAAAAAUUUUGCCCCAAA